GAGCUGAGCUGACGCGAGGAAGCGAUGCCUUCAGCUGAGAUCCACAAUAAUAAAUAGCUCUCUCUGGCUCCCGAGUUUAGUACAGUUUAUGAACCUGGACUUGUCUGUUUCGGGAUUUUACUCUGCAGACGACACGGGCUUGAUUACUCUGUGCAGGGAACGGCUGCUCCGUUGUUGGAUUAAGCGACGACAUCGUAAACUCAUCGACCGAGAGAGGAUGAAGGCUACCAUGGUGAUUGUUUGCCUGCUGGGAAUUGCUUUUGCUAACCCUAUACACCAGGAAGAUGCUGUAGAAGGAAUCGUCCAAGAGGCAAACACAACCCAGAGCUCCUCAGCAGGGCUGUCUGCUGAACUUGAAUCUGCAGAACAUAAGGGCUCACAAGAAAAUACUUCAGAAAGUAAGACAUCAGAGGAAAGCAAUACUUCAGAAGACAAGACGUCUGAGUCCAGGGACACCACAGAUGAGGACAAGACUUCUGAAGAGAGUGAAAGCCAUUCUCGUGAAAAGAGUGAUUCUAACGAGGAUGGAGACACCAGAGAUGACAGCAGAAGCAGUGAGGAGAUCGUGAGAAAGAGCUGGGUCGGGGUGUUCAAGAUCAAUCUGAAGAGCGAGGAAGACAGCAGCAUGAGCAACAGCACCAGCCAGGAGGACUCAGAGGAGGCAGCCGACAUAGACACCAGCGACCCGACCAGCAGCACGGAGAGCCACCAGAGCGAGGGCUCCAGGGAGUGCGGGGAGAGUGACGCCAGCCCGGACUGCCAGCACUCUGACAGCGAACAGAGCCAGAGCCAGAGCCAGAGCCAGAGCCAGUCCGCUGAGUGCCUGGAGACGGACAGCAUGGACUGCAGCCGCAGCAGUGAAGAGCGCUCCUUCGAGGACGACCAAACCCACGACUCCGUCGGGGACAUGCUGGCGCUAGACGACGAGGAGAGGGAGCUUCACAUGUGGUGAUGCGUCCACACGCGGGACUCUGGGCUUCAAAGACGCCAACGCACUCUGGGAGACGGCUCAGGGCUCGGCGAAAACCUCCUAUUUAUUUAGGCCAGGACCACAGCAUCCACCCCUAAAUCCAGUAGCAGAUCCAGGCAGGGCAGGGCAUUCCGGCAGUAGUGUUUAUAGUAUUUCAGUGCUUAUGGUUUCCUUCUACUCCAAAUGGGUGUUUACUAUUGUGGGGAAUUAGUUUUAACCUUGAAAAUAUUUACCUCAGGUAUCUUAUUUCAUCUGUGAUGUUAAAAUAUGCUGUCAGUGUUAUUGCUAUGGGAAGCACCAUGAAUUGUGUACAUGAAUGAACCAGGCGUGAGCUGUAUGGACAUGCCAUACAGUGCUGGGAAGGAGAUACAUGGUUACAUUAACUUGCUCACAUUGUGUUAAUCACAUGUCAUAUUCAAUUAUUUAUUCUAAAUUAAUUUAAUUAACACAUUUCUUUUCAGAAAUGUGAAGGUUAAUUUACCUUUAAUUCGGCAUAUUCAGAAUGAGCACUGUGAUCUGUUUUUCAUCAAUCAAAAGAGGUUCAUUGUAAAUCAAAGACUGUUGUGGAGCACAGUGUAACAAACUCGCGCUCCUUACUGCCUUCCAGUUAAAAGUGUUUGUAAUUGUUAUGUUCAACAUUGGCAAAGGCCUUCCUGCUUUGGUGAGGAUACAGGAAAUGACAUCACCACCCAUGUAAGCACCACAAACUAUAAAAAUACACAUGGAUCGGAAAGAGUAGAUGGUAAGCAUUUUGCCUUAAAAAUAGAAACUAUUGUUUUGCACAAUUAUGUAUGUGGCGUGAUAUUAUUCAAAAUGCAUUAGGACAAAAUAAUAGCUUGAUCAAUGCUUUUAUGUGCAUUUAUACCAGAUGUGCAUCUGAAAUGUAAUUCAAACUGAAUUUGUGUCUGUGAGUAUUAUAACAUACCUUUAUAGUAUUUAUUUGCAGCUUUUUACAGUAUAUAAAAAACUAUACCAGGAAUCCUAAAUAUACUGUAUUGUAUGUAUGUAUUUAAGAAUAUUCAUUAAAGUGUGUUUUAA